AUAACCCACCGCGGCAAUCGAGAGUGGGACCGAGAAUGAAAAUCUCGCAAACGCUCUCGCACUCUCAGUUCCACGGCGACACCGCUGCACAUCAACGCGUUCGAAUUUUUCCCCGACACGCAACAAUGAAGUGCAAUUUUAACUACAGUGUGGGCUCAAAUUGGACAAUUUUCCAAUAAUGGAUCCCAAACAAGCGUCCAGUCAGUUGAAGAAACCCCUGCGGAUGGAGCAGUACGUGGUGCCGAAACGCCUCACAGCCUUGAAGAAUGACGAAGAGAACAAACACUGUGAUAUCGAAGAAAUCCAGCGGACGCCCUCUCCGGCGAGUUUCCGCAGGGAGAACAGCACCAGGUCGCUGAAGAUGGGAUAUGGAUACGGGAGCGACACGGGAAGUCACAUGUCCACCAAACCGUUUUCGGACGCGGCGUCUGUGAGGUCGUGGGCGUCGGUGGGGAUGGGGUCCACGGAUGGGAAGAAGAUGAUCGUGAGGAGGGUACCCACUUCGCCGGUUGAACUCUUCAAUAUUGUUAAUCCGCCGACACCACCAGAGGAGUAUUUAUACGACGCAGAUACCGACGACGGCAGCGGCGACGACGAGGACAGCGUCUAUAUAAAGCCACGAAGACAGACAUGGUCGAACAAACUACAAUUCGUCCUGGCUUGUGUUGGCUACAGCGUCGGCUUGGGCUCGGUCUGGAGGUUCCCGUAUUUAUGCUACAAAAGCGGAGGAGGCGUUUUCCUCAUACCCUAUAUUAUAAUAAUGAUAGUAUGUGGAGUACCAAUGCUCUACAUGGAACUCGCAGUAGGUCAAUACACCGGCAGAGGCCCUAUAGGAGCUCUAGGUCACUUAUGCCCUUUGCUCAAAGGGACCGGUUUAGGUAGCGUAGUUAUCUCGUUUCUAAUGUCAACGUACUACAGUGUGAUAAUAGCGUAUGGAAUCUACUACUUCUUCACUUCCUUCAAACCCAAACAGCCUUGGGAAGACUGCUCCCAUCGAUGGAACGACGAGGAAUGUUGGAUACCAAGCAAAUCCGCGGCUAACGUGUCGAAACCCCAAAGCAGUCAAACACCUGCUGAACAGUUCUACGAUAAAAAGGUACUGCAGAUAGGAAACGGUAUUGAAGAUUUCGACAGCCUGAGGUGGGAAUUGGUAGCUUGCUUGAUAUGCGCGUGGGUUUUGGUCUACUUUGCUAUCUGGAAGAGCAUAAAGUCGUCAGCCAAAGUCCGGUACUUCACGGCAACGUUGCCGUUUUUGCUCAUUAUCGUGUUCUUGGCUAAAAGUUUGACCCUCGAAGGGGCCGAUAAAGGCAUGAGGUACUUCUUCCGACCGAAGUUUGAACUGCUGUUAGACGCCAAGGUCUGGGUUAACGCUGCCGCUCAGACGUUUAACUCGAUGGGUAUAGCUUUCGGAUCCAUGAUCUCCUUUGCCAGUUAUAGUAAAUACAACAAUAACAUUCUGCAUGAUACUCUAGCUGUGUCUUUCGUCAAUGCCAUCACCAGUCUUCUCGUUGGCAUUUUCGCAUUUGCCACAAUUGGCAACAUUGCUUUAGAACAAGGCACGUCAAUAGAAGCUGUUAUUGACGAUGGUCCGGGCUUGAUCUUCGUCGUCUAUCCGCAAGCCAUGGCGAAAAUGCCCGCAGCCCAACUCUGGGCAGUCCUCUUCUUCUUCAUGCUCAUCUGCCUGGCCCUCAACAGCCAAUUCGCUAUCGUUGAAGUGGUCGUGACUUCAAUUCAAGACGGUUUCCCUGCAUGGAUCAAGAAGAAUCUAGUGUGCCAUGAAAUACUCGUUUUAAUCAUCUGCGUGGUUUCGCUAAUUUGUGGCUUACCCAACGUUACUCAGGGCGGAAUUUACUUCUUCCAAUUGAUCGAUCACUACGCUGCCUCCAUAUCUAUAAUGUACCUAGCAUUUUUCGAAGUAGUAGCCAUAGCGUGGUUCUAUGGAGUAAGACGCUUAAGUAAAAAUGUGAACACGAUGACUGGACGUCCACCGAGCGUAUAUUUCAAGUUCUGUUGGAUGGUAGCCACGCCCCUUAUGAUUUUUUCAGUGUGGGUGUUUUGUAUGAUCGAUUACGAAUCGCCAACUUAUAACAACGGGGAGUACCACUACCCAACUUGGGCGAUAGUGAUUGGCUGGGUCAUCUCAUCACUCUCGAUUCUUUGCAUUCCUAUAUACAUGGUGUAUAUGUUGCUCAAUUCUUCUGGGAUUACGUUCUUAGAGAAAGUAAAAAAUAGUCUCAAAUCCGACCUUUCUGACAAAUGCCCGAAAUGCGAAGAAUUCGACUGUGAUUGCAUCAUCAGAGAUGGUGAGAUCGAACCGAUGCUGGUAAUGCACAAACCAGAUCCGAAAGACGGUAAUUCUGUGCCUUUUUACAUUCCGUUAAGUCGUGUUCCAACUGUACAUAAGUUCGAUUUGGAAAAAGUGCAAAGGCCUUUAGUUCUGAACAUUGAUAAAGCGACGCGCCAUAAAGACGUUUCAAAAGACGAUUUAAAAAACAAUGUUCAGAAUGGAACUAUACCGGAAGAAGAUCGCUUCCAAACUGAAGAAAGUACAAAUGUUGAAGAGAAAGGGGAGGAAGAAAAGUCCGAAAAUAGUCGGCAAACUUCGGAGAAUAGUACGCAGUCAGUCGAAUACACCUCUAAACUUGACGUAAAUCUUUCGGCGGGUGAUACAACAACCCAAAAAGCGAAUGGUAAGCAACAAGAGGAGAAUGUGAAUGAAAAACCAGUGAGCGAAAGCAGCUUGUGAUGACGCCAAAGAGAAUGGUUUACGAGUGAACAUUAACAUUCCUUCGUUUUGAUUAGGCAAUUUUAAGUAUCCACAAACGUAUUUUUAAGAAAAAUUGAAAUAUUGUGAUAUAGGUAGAUUUUUAACUUAAAUUUCAUCAAUAAAAUGUUAAAAUUUUA